UUUUAAUUUCCUUCCAAAUAUUUUUAUUGACUUUAAUUUUAUAUUUUCUUCACUUUCUAAAAAUGGACUUAUCUCGUAUUGAUCAACUUAAUGAUGAAAAUAAACAUCAACAAAUCUAUGAGCAUUUGGCUAAGGUCGAUGACACCAACAUCCACUCGGAUCCGGAAAUUCUCUGGCGUUUUGCUCGUUCUUGUUAUUUUCUUUCUUUUCCAUUGGACAAUAAAGACCCAAAAAAGAAGCAAUUACUAGAUGAAGGUUAUUUAUAUGCUGAGAAGGCAUAUCAACUUAAGAAUGAAGACUUUGAGGUUAUUAAGUGUUUUGCUGCUGUGACUGGAGCGAGAACUGACUUUUUGGGUACAAAAGAGAAGAUUGAACAAGGGAAUUUGUUUAAGGAAUUGCUUGACAAGGCUUUGACUAUGAAUGCGGAGGAGUAUACUCUUUUGCAUAUGCGUGGCCGUUUUGCUUUUUCUGUUGCUAGUCUUACUUGGCUUGAACGUAAAGCGGCUGCUGCCUUCUAUUCAAAACCUCCUGAAGCGACUUUUGAGGAGGCAAUAGAUGAUUUUCUCGCUGUUUUGGCUCUUCAGCCGGACUGGUUAGACAAUCUCUUCUUUUUGGGCAAAACUUAUCUGCUCAAGAAAGAUAAAGAGACUGCAAUUAAAUAUCUUCAACGUGCUGUAGACGCUUACCAACAAAACGAGAAUGAGCAAGAACCGAGUAUGGUUACUGAAGCUAAAGCUCUUUUGAAGAAACAUUACAAAUAA